UUGCCCUGCUGUAAACUCGUAUACUAACAGCCUCAUUCAAAUUUCAUUUAAAAUAGACCCACAACGUGAAGCUUGGAGAGUCCAUUUGAAUGUUUGGUGGAUGUGGUACGAAAUUUACGUCCCAUCACCGGUACAUCCAGUAGUGCUAUCGACUUCCCAAAGCAUUCCGUUAAUCAAUACAAUUAACAUGCGUCAUAUUUAUACCGAUAGUGCGACCGACAAUCAUUAGCAAGAUUCAGACCAUUCAAAGUCCUUCACGUCAACAAAUAACGACAGACUUGCAGGUAAAGUCGCAAAAUGCGAAAGCAUAUGUCUAAACAAAAACAGCUCAUUGAAACAACGAAGGGAUAAUGUUCGCAUUAUAUAAAUGCCCACCCGAUUCAUCUGAAAUGCUGGAACGCGAUGAACUGGUAUCAACCCAUGGCCUACUAUAAUAACGGCCUGUCAGCGCGCAAUACCUCCAGCGCCUAAAACUGCAUUGCCAGAGGGGCGUAAUACCCCAAACCGAGCUCCACUUUCCACUGUUUGGUAACGAAUGCAGAAUGGAAAUGUGUGGAAAAAACAGUGGAAAGUGGGGCCUAGCGCCGCGCGUGGCCAGCCUACGGUACCGGUGCCGUUAAUUUCCUUCAGUUGACAUGACAGGGACUAAACAGCAGCAUUCUUGCCGUAUGAUCGCUGCACAAACAGUAGAGGACCUAAAAAGAUGUUUUGACCUAGAGAAUGACUUUAUUAAAGGUCAGGAGCUACAGCAAAUUAUAGUUUACUAUGCUGAACAAACACUUGAACCUGUUGGUUGGAAAGCUCUGUGGAUGUCUGAUUCCAAUACCAGUUCAAAUUUGAAAGCAAAAUUUGUGAGUUCUAUCUUAGUUGAGGUUUGUUUGAACAUCAACAUGCCUGUUGUUUCAUUAACUCACCUUAUGUGUAAACUUUUUAGGUAAACAAUGUGGACUAUUUUUGUUUUUACCAAUCCCUUUUUGUAUUAGAAAUCGUGUUCGACUUCCAGAAGAAAGAGGAGAUCCACUUCUCAGAAAAGUAAUGGAGGAAAGGAGAGCCAAAGGUAAAAUUCCUACUCGCCUUCUGCAGUUUGUGAAGCAACAUCAGGAGAAUGUUGAGGCAUUAGCAGAGAUAAAGAAACCAGAAAGGCGACAGUUUCGUGAUUGGGGAUAAAGAAGCAUCAGCACUUGAUUUGUCAGACCAGUUAAACAUUACACAAUGGAGAAAGUUGGCAAACGGAUUUACAGCCGCCAGAGACUAUGUUCUUGAAAACAACAGGCCUUAAACCAGUGGAAUAUCCUCAUCCGGGAACUUCAUACAAUCCAACUUUCCAGGAUCAUCAAGCCUUAUCGAUAGAGGCUUACAAUCUCAAGACUAAAGGGAUGAAGGAAGAAAUCAGAACUCGGCGAAGGCUAGGACCAAUGCUAAAGAAGAUUCCCCUACAAAGAAAAGAAGUAAUUUUUGCAAAAAUAUUUGGGCGAUUGGUUAUACUAAGAAGAAUGGUGGUCCGAAAUGACGCAAGGUUUGGCCGAUGGAGAAGAGCCAGCCAAAGAAGAGGACGAAGACGUUCCUUGCGUUCGUCAAACCAAACCCAAGAUUCGCGAACAGAAAAUCAGGGCCAAAGCCCUUAAAUGGCAAGAUAUGCGGCGAAAGAAACUGAAAGAAGCUAAAAAGCGUUUACUGGAACUUGACAGAUUGAGGUCAAGCCGAGAAAUUCGAAAGUCUGAAGAGCUGACUGCCAAGCGAAUUGAAUUAAGAAAGAAGGAGAAAGAGGCCAAAAUGUUUAAGCCAGCCAUGCUGGGCCGACACAAGUACAAACCCCCGCCAAUUGAAGUGAACUUCAGCGAAGAGAUUACUGGCACUUUACGUGGAUUGAAGACAGAUGGUCAUGUCUUGAUCGAUCGGUACAAGUCUAUGCAGCGACGCAACAUAAUUGAGCCGCGAAUCCGACAGACGGUCGUGUUCAAGUACAAGCAUAAAGUCUUUACGAAACGCAGCCACUCUGAGCCUAAGGGUCUUAAAGUGGGCAAUCGUAACAAGGACAAAACUCCCGUACAAUGAGAUGACACGUUUAAUAUGAAGGACACGAUCGCCAUUUCAAUAAAGAAAAUAUGUCGCGUA